AUGUUCUCAUUUCUCUCCAGAUUGGGUUCACCUUCCACUUCCUCACCGGGUAGAGAAGAAUCUUCAAGAUCCGAAUCUCCCAAAAAUGAACAGGGAUGGAAUGCCGCCUUUGCAUCUGAUCCUUCGCAGUGGGAGUCUAACUUUGAUAGCUGUUGGAAGGAGGCAAAUGCCAUUCUUGAACUGAAGGAGAGAAAUCCUGAAAGAGAAAUUACUUACGAUCAAAUGGCUCAGCUACUCAAGCAACUAUCUCAUAUGUGUAAGCUAUUGAUGAUGGAAGCCAAUGCUCAACCAGAACCAGCCAUUGGACCUAUUCUAGAUCGUUACUUCACUCAAGAGAUUAUGGAACGCGUGCUGCAUUUUGCUAUUCAGAUCCCAGAUUUCAUAAAAGCAGCUUGCCAACUUUCUCUUAUUCGUAUUUACGAAGAAAUUGUUAGCGAAAGCCAUACUCAAAAUCACUGUCUACUUGUUCAUAAGCCAAUCCUCCAUCCCUUAUUAAGACUGUUCGAUUGGUGCAAAAGAGAUGAACUACUCCAUCCUUCUAAUCAUACUCAACUAACUUCUAGAGAUAAGCAUUUUGUAAUUCUUCUUCAUCAGAUCUGCGCAAAACUUGCAGAAGAUAGAACUCUUCUGCAUUUCUUCUUCUCCUGUGCUGAUGGAGCUAAUCAAUUUGCUGUUUUUUCACUAUUAAUACCUUUCCUCUAUGAACAAAACGACACAGGACAACUAGCUCGAGAUGCAUUACUUCGCAUUCUUUCUGUGUCCUCACAGCAUGAGCAGAUAGCUGAGUUUGUAUCAAAAAAAAGUGCUUUCUGUCCGGUCGUUGCUACAGGACUUUCGGGAUGCUUCUCCCAAUUGCCCAGAAUAUUGUCCGUAGAAGGAGGGGAUAGGCUUGUACCCGACCAUUUUAAUGAGUUUCUAACCAAUUUCCAUUCCUCAAUUGUUUUCUGCAACGCUGUAGUCCAGGCGGCUCACCCUUACGUUGUCGAACAAAUUUGUUCAUUUUUUUAUUCUGGAUUUUUGAUAUCAGUUGUCAAACCAGCUUUGUUACAGGAAGAAAGAGAAGCUGUUGCAGCUUCAACAGCCUAUCUGCAAGUCUGUAUCGAUGCUAUAUCGGAAGCUAAGCUAAUAAAAAUGAUUAUAAGGAUGCUUCUUGUGGAGAAGGAUGAUGAUAAUAACAUUUUACUAAAUAUCAUUGUAAAUAGGAUCCGAGGAACUGACAGGUUAGCAUUGACUUCUCUUCAACUGUUAGACUGUCUGCUUCAGCUAGGAUGUGAGGAUUUGAUGCUGUUUUUAACGUUCCGUUAUCUACUAUCUCUCCCUCAUGUCUCAAAGAAUCAACUACAGCUCUUACGAGAUGCAAAACAUGUUUCUGAUUUGGCUGAUGAGUUUUUAGCAUGCAUACCGGACAUGAUGUUAUCAUUCCCUGAGAUUUCUUCUCAAAAUACUCUCCAAGUAUACUUACGAGAAGGAGCUCAGAUAGUUGAAAAGCGAGCUUAUUCGUCUUCUUCGUGGAAAUGGAAAUAUGACGGUGUUCAUCCUUCUUAUCUCUCCUUCCGGGAAGAUAGUGAUGAUGAUGCUCACAACUCAUUUUCUCGAUUGAAUUCAUGCAGAUCUUCCAUGUCUUCGGCUGCUCAUGGCUUGAACCGCUACUUUGCUUCCAGAUCUUUUCAUUUGACAGCAGAUUCAACAACGCCCUAUUCUGGUCGUUUGGUUGGGUUAGGUGAAUCUCCCACAGGGUUAGGAUCCCUGGAAGAUAUAACAGAUGAAGUUCAAGAAGACAGCGAAUUCGUCCUACCUCCCAUUCAUACGUCCUCAAUAAUGACAUCAUCUAUGGUCGAUUAUUUCCAAUUUGCCGCUUUCGACGAUACCUCUGAUAGCGAAGAGUCACCAGGAAGUCCUGGUAGAAAAGAAAAGUCCAAAUGCAAAAUGGAUUCUGUUUCACUGGAUUCGGAAAACGACUCGAACGGAGAGAAAAGAACUUAUGACCCAGAUGUUGAAAUGGCAAAAUCAUUUGUAUUGACUGGAUGGUCAACUCUGGAUGACGAAGCUUUCAUUGCUAUGAUUGAUUCUCAAAGUUUGACCAAAGAUGCAGCAAACACUUCUAUAACCGAGUUCAACAGUUAUCUGGACUCUCGCCUUCAAUACUGGAAUGAACUUGAUCAAGGAAAAGAUGACAACACUGUUCAAACUGCAGAUGAUGCUCCUGCUGAACCCGAAAUGAAACCUGAUGUAACAGGCAGACUUGUACAAGAAGCAAAGGGAAUACCAUUCGUCAUCGAGUGCUUACUCGGUGAGCUUGAACGGAUGUCAGAACACUCUCUGCUGUAUAAUCUCUCAUUAGCAUCAACUAUAGCUUCUUUAGCCGCUUACCCACAACCAAUAUUAGCUAUUUUAUUCUUUGGCAAAAACGUUUCUGAUGAAUAUCCAUCUCUACUUAAGAAACUAGCAAAUCUUAAAGAACGCUUAGAUCAUCAAACCGCUUCCGUAGAAAGUUUAAACACGUGGGUCACGCGUUCUCUGAAAACACUGAAUGCUCGGGCGGAACGUGUUGAUAGAUGGGCUGAUGGGUCGAGAUACGGUGAAUCACCAAGAGAAGACUCAGUUCCUCAAAUUCCAGCCUUUUUACGUGGGAAAACUUUCGGUGCUUCCGGACGUAGAAAUCCUAUAAGGUAUCACAUGCACAAAGCUGCUGAACCAUUAGAAACUGUGCGUGACGAUGAGAGAACUAAGAAUUUAGUUCAUGCUGCCAUCGUACAUUCGAAUUUGUGCCAAUUUUUGGCCGGAAUCGCUAUGCAUCAGUCGAUCGCUGUAGUUUGUAAUCGUGCUAGCAGUUCAUGA